AUGUAUGUAGUUGGAGAUGUGAUUGCAUCGACUGUUGAUAUUGGGAGUGAGACGUAUAAGAUUGGAUACUGCGGCAGCAAGCGACCCAGUGUGUAUGGAUCAUCGAUGAUGUGGAGGGAUGAAUUUGUGCGGCCUGUAGAGCGGUCUGUGAUUGGGGAUGUUGCAUCGUAUCUUGGGAUUUUGAGUGGAGAGAUUCCGAGGGAUACUGAGUCGCUGGUGGUUUGCGAGAACAAUAUGGAGGAAUUGGCGACGAAGAGGAAGGUGCUGGGGUAUUUGAUGGAGAAGAGAUUGUGCAGCUCUGUUUUGUUUGUGAGGAGCGGGAUUCUGGAUGUUUUUUCGUAUGGACGAAGCAGCGGAGUGGUGGUGAGCUUUGGCGGGGGAAGCACGCAGGUAUGCAGUGUUGUUGAAGGGCUUAUUACGUGUAGAAGGCGGGUUGAUGUUGGGGGAAUUGAUUUUACGGCCGAGGUAAGGAGGGCUGUUGAGCGGCAGGGAGUUGAUGUUGAGAGAGAGAGCAGGAAUGGGUUGAGCGAAAUGCCUGAGGAAAGGAGGGAGUUUGAGAAGAAUGAGAUAUGUAGGCAUGUGAAAGAGGCGAUAUGUGGAGAGUGGAAAGAGAUGAUGGAGUGUAGGUAUGAGUUUCGAGAUGGGCAAGUGGUUGAUUUUGGAGAAACAGGAAGGAGGAUAUGUGAGAAGCUAAUGGAGGUGUGUAGGAUAGUUAUUGAGGUGAUUGAGGAGAAUGUGGGAGGGGUAAAGCCGAUGCUUGCGGGGAAUAUACUGGUGAGUGGAGGGGGAGGAAUGAUGAGAGGGAUUGAGGCGAUGAUGCAUUCGGAGUUUGAGAAGGAGAGGCCGAAGUGGAAGAUAAGGGUGGCUGCGGAGAGGAACAGGUUUAGUACGUUUUGUGGGGGAUCGAUAGUUGGAUCGAUGGGGAGUGCAAAGAGCUUGUAUAUUGGGAUUAGGGAUUAUGAGGAGUAUGGAGAAGGCAUUGUCGAGAGAAAGAGAAGCGAAUGGGUGGCGGAGACAGGAGAGUAA